AUGAAGACUCUUUUUUGUUUGUUAUUAUUCGCGAUAGCAGUGCUGGAAGCAGGUAUAGUGAAAAGGUAUAACAAACGCUUCGCUGGAUUCAACGUUGCAGGAAUUGGUGGAACAGCCGGAUGUGUGGUCGUUGACAACAAACUGUUUGCGAAUGGUUUACCUCUUCGAGAAUUGACCGCCGAAGAACAAAAAGAAUUAUCACGAUAUGUCCAAGAGUCAAAUAAAUACAAAGAGGAUUUGAUGACAUCAUUAGAAGAGAGACGUAAAGGAUGGCAAUUGGCGCGGCACAGCGAGAAAGGUUCCAAGAUUUUAUCUUCUCUCGCAGAAAAGAAUUUCCCCAAACCACCUAAAAAACCAUCUUUCUGUACUGCAGCUGAUACUACCCAGUAUUACUUCGACGGCUGCAUGGUUCAGAACAAUAAAAUAUAUGUGGGACGAACACUUGUACGGGAUUUGACACCAGAAGAAGUGAAAGAACUAAAGACGUUCGAUGCCAAAAUGACUGCCUAUCAGAAAUAUUUGUCUUCCUCCAUUCAACAGCAAAUGGAUAACUUGUUCGGUGACAAGACAAACCUGUUCAGCUUAUUCACGGAAACACACCUUGAAACCUCUCCACAAACAGGAGAAGCAACUGUCUCAACAACAACUCAAGUGCCAGUUGAAGCACCGGAAACACCAAGUUUCUGUAUUGCAAUCUACUGA